AUGGGUCACGGUCUCAGCUUCACUCUCAAGUGGGACGACUUCGCCAUCCUUCGCGACAACAAGAAAGAGUUCAACGAGCGCUGCUUGGGAUUCGGCAUCAAGUUUUUCCGCACGGCUGUCCUGGCCGAGCUAGGGCGUCCCGGUAGGACGUGGGCGUGGGUGCCGCCAUCACAAGCAGUGGUGGAGGACAGGCUCGCCGACUGCGACCACCCCAUACGCGAUAAAGUGCCCGACAAAAUGUCUGACGGGCAUGUCGGUACCGGCAUGCUUGCCGCGACAUCAUUUGGAUGGGUGGCAAAAUGGAUCGACCUGCUGACGAGCGACAAGGGCCGUAGUGGGGUGAGCAUCGAAAACAUCAAGACAACAGGAUUGAAGACAUUGCAGAAUAGCACUCACCACAGUGUGUCUCUUUCCACUCACCACAGUGUGUCUCUUCCCACUCACCACAGUGUGUCUCUUCCCACUCACCACAGUGUGUCUCUUUCCACUCACCACAGUGUGUCUCUUCCCACUCACCAAAGUGUGUCUCUUCCCACUCACCACAGUGUGUCUCUUCCCACUCACCACAGUGUGACUCUUCCCACUCACCACAGUGUGUCUCUUCCCACUCACCACAGUGUGUCUCUUUCCACUCACCACAGUGUGUCUCUUCCCACUCACCAAAGUGUGUCUCUUCCCACUCACCACAGUGUGUCUCUUCCCACUCACCACAGUGUGACUCUUCCCACUCACCACAGUGUGUCUCUUCCCACUCACCACAGUGUGUCUCUUCCCACUCACCACAGUGUGUCUCUUUCCACUCACCACAGUGUGUCUCUUCCCACUCACCAAAGUGUGUCUCUUCCCACUCACCACAGUGUGUCUCUUCCCACUCACCACAGUGUGUCUCUUCCCACUCACCACAGUGUGUCUCUUCCCACUCACCACAGUGUAUCUCUUUCCACUCACCACAGUGUGUUUCUUUCCACUCACCACAGUGUGUCUCUUUCCACUCACCACAGUGUGUCUCUUCCCACUCACCAUAGUGUGUCUCUUCCCACUCACCACAGUGUGUCUCUUCCCACUCAGCACAGUGUGUCUCUUCCCACUCAGCACAGUGUGUUUCUUCCCAAUCAGCACGGUGUGUCUCUUCCCACUCACCAUAGUGUCUCUCUUCCCACUCACCACAGUGUGUCUCUUCCCACUCACCACAGUGUGUCUCUUCCCACUCAGCACAGUGUGUCUCUUCCCACUCAGCACAGUGUGUUUCUUCCCAAUCAGCACGGUGUGUCUCUUCCCACUCACCAUAGUGUCUCUCUUCCCACUCAACACAGUGUGUCUCUUCCCACUCACCACAGUGUGUCUCUUCCCACUCACCACAGUGUAUCUCUUUCCACUCACCACAGUGUGUUUCUUUCCACUCACCACAGUGUGUCUCUUUCCACUCACCACAGUGUGUCUCUUCCCACUCACCAUAGUGUGUCUCUUCCCACUCACCACAGUGUGUCUCUUCCCACUCAGCACAGUGUGUCUCUUCCCACUCAGCACAGUGUGUUUCUUCCCAAUCAGCACGGUGUGUCUCUUCCCACUCACCAUAGUGUCUCUCUUCCCACUCACCACAGUGUGUCUCUUCCCACUCACCAUACUGUGUCUCUUCCCACUCACCAUAGUGUGUCUCUUCCCACUCAGCACAGUGUGUCUCUUCCCACUCACCACAGUGUGUCUCUUCCCACUCACCACAGUGUAUCUCUUUCCACUCACCACAGUGUGUUUCUUUCCACUCACCACAGUGUGUCUCUUUCCACUCACCACAGUGUGUCUCUUCCCACUCACCACAGUGUGUCUCUUCCCACUCAGCACAGUGUGUCUCUUCCCACUCAGCACAGUGUGUCUCUUCCCACUCAGCACAGUGUGUUUCUUCCCAAUCAGCACGGUGUGUCUCUUCCCACUCACCAUAGUGUCUCUCUUCCCACUCACCACAGUGUGUCUCUUCCCACUCACCACAGUGUGUCUCUUUCCACUCACCACAGUGUGUCUCUUCCCACUCACCAUAGUGUGUCUCUUCCCACUCACCACAGUGUGUCUCUUCCCACUCAGCACAGUGUGUCUCUUCCCACUCAGCACAGUGUGUCUCUUUCCACUCACCACAGUGUGUCUCUUCCCACUCACCAUAGUGUGUCUCUUCCCACUCACCACAGUGUGUCUCUUCCCACUCAGCACAGUGUGUCUCUUCCCACUCAGCACAGUGUGUCUCUUCCCACUCAGCACAGUGUGUCUCUUCCCACUCAACACAGUGUGUCUCUUCCCACUCAACACAGUGUGUCUCUUCCCACUCACCACAGUGUGUCUCUUUCCACUCACCACAGUGUGUCUCUUCCCACUCACCAUAGUGUGUCUCUUCCCACUCACCACAGUGUGUCUCUUCCCACUCAGCACAGUGUGUCUCUUCCCACUCAGCACAGUGUGUCUCUUCCCACUCAGCACAGUGUGUCUCUUCCCACUCAACACAGUGUGUCUCUUCCCACUCACCACAGUGUGUCUCUUCCCACUCACCACAGUGUGUCUCUUCCCACUCAGCACAGUGUGUCUCUUCCCACUCAGCACAGUGUGUCUCUUCCCACUCAACACAGUGUGUCUCUUCCCACUCACCACAGUGUGUCUCUUCCCACUCACCACAGUGUAUCUCUUUCCACUCACCACAGUGUGUUUCUUUCCACUCACCACAGUGUGUCUCUUCCCACUCACCAUACUGUGUCUCUUCCCACUCACCAUAGUGUGUCUCUUCCCACUCACCACAGUGUGUCUCUUCCCACUCAGCACAGUGUGUUUCUUCCCAAUCAGCACGGUGUGUCUCUUCCCACUCACCAUAGUGUCUCUCUUCCCACUCACCACAGUGUGUCUCUUCCCACUCACCACAGUGUGUCUCUUCCCACUCACCACAGUGUGUCUCUUCCCACUCAGCACAGUGUGUCUCUUCCCACUCAGCACAGUGUGUCUCUUCCCAAUCAGCACAGUGUGUCUCUUCCCACUCAACACAGUGUGUCUCUUCCCACUCACCACAGUGUGUCUCUUCCCACUCACCACAGUGUGUCUCUUCCCACUCAACACAGUGUGUCUCUUCCCACUCACCACAGUGUGUCUCUUCCCACUCACCACAGUGUAUCUCUUUCCACUCACCACAGUGUGUUUCUUUCCACUCACCACAGUGUGUCUCUUUCCACUCACCACAGUGUGUCUCUUCCCACUCACCAUAGUGUGUCUCUUCCCACUCACCACAGUGUGUCUCUUCCCACUCAGCACAGUGUGUCUCUUCCCACUCAGCACAGUGUGUCUCUUCCCACUCAGCACAGUGUGUUUCUUCCCAAUCAGCACGGUGUGUCUCUUCCCACUCACCAUAGUGUCUCUCUUCCCACUCACCACAGUGUGUCUCUUCCCAAUCAGCACAGUGUGUCUCUUCCCACUCACCACAGUGUGUCUCUUCCCACUCACCACAGUGUGUCUCUUUCCACUCACCACAGUGUGUCUCUUCCCACUCAACACAGUGUGUCUCUUCCCACUCACCACAGUGUGUCUCUUCCCACUCAGCACAGUGUGUCUCUUCCCACUCACCACAGUGUGUCUCUUCCCACUCAGCACAGUGUGUCUCUUCCCACUCAGCACAGUGUGUUUCUUCCCAAUCAGCACGGUGUGUCUCUUCCCACUCACCAUAGUGUCUCUCUUCCCACUCACCACAGUGUGUCUCUUCCCACUCACCACAGUGUGUCUCUUUCCACUCACCACAGUGUGUCUCUUCCCACUCACCAUAGUGUGUCUCUUCCCACUCACCACAGUGUGUCUCUUCCCACUCAGCACAGUGUGUCUCUUCCCACUCAGCACAGUGUGUCUCUUCCCACUCAACACAGUGUGUCUCUUCCCAAUCAGCACAGUGUGUCUCUUCCCACUCAACACAGUGUGUCUCUUCCCACUCACCACAGUGUGUCUCUUCCCACUCACCACAGUGUGUCUCUUCCCACUCACCACAGUGUGUCUCUUUCCACUCACCACAGUGUGUCUCUUCCCACUCAACACAGUGUGUCUCUUCCCACUCACCACAGUGUGUCUCUUCCCACUCACCACAGUGUGUCUCUUCCCACUCAACACAGUGUGUCUCUUCCCACUCACCACAGUGUGUCUCUUCCCACUCACCACAGUGUGUCUCUUUCCACUCACCACAGUGUGUCUCUUCCCACUCAACACAGUGUGUCUCUUCCCACUCACCACAGUGUGUCUCUUCCCACUCACCACAGUGUAUCUCUUUCCACUCACCACAGUGUGUUUCUUUCCACUCACCACAGUGUGUCUCUUCCCACUCACCACAGUGUGUCUCUUCCCACUCAGCACAGUGUGUCUCUUCCCACUCAACACAGUGUGUCUCUUCCCACUCACCACAGUGUGUCUCUUCCCACUCACCACAGUGUAUCUCUUUCCACUCACCACAGUGUGUUUCUUUCCACUCACCACAGUGUGUCUCUUUCCACUCACCACAGUGUGUCUCUUCCCACUCACCACAGUGUGUCUCUUCCCACUCACCACAGUGUAUCUCUUUCCACUCACCACAGUGUGUUUCUUUCCACUCACCACAGUGUGUCUCUUUCCACUCACCACAGUGUGUCUCUUCCCACUCACCACAGUGUGUCUCUUCCCACUCACCACAGUGUGUCUCUUCCCACUCACCACAGUGUGUCUCUUCCCACUCAGCACAGUGUGUCUCUUCCCACUCAACACAGUGUGUCUCUUCCCACUCACCACAGUGUGUCUCUUCCCACUCACCACAGUGUAUCUCUUUCCACUCACCACAGUGUGUUUCUUUCCACUCACCACAGUGUGUCUCUUCCCACUCAGCACAGUGUGUCUCUUCCCACUCACCACAGUGUGUCUCUUCCCACUCACCACAGUGUAUCUCUUUCCACUCACCACAGUGUGUUUCUUUCCACUCACCACAGUGUGUCUCUUUCCACUCACCACAGUGUGUCUCUUCCCACUCACCACAGUGUGUCUCUUCCCACUCACCACAGUGUGUCUCUUCCCACUCACCACAGUGUGUCUCUUCCCACUCAGCACAGUGUGUCUCUUCCCACUCAACACAGUGUGUCUCUUCCCACUCACCACAGUGUGUCUCUUCCCACUCACCACAGUGUGUCUCUUCCCACUCACCACAGUGUAUCUCUUCCCACUCACCAUAGUGUCUCUCUUCCCACUCACCACAGUGUGUCUCUUCCCACUCACCACAGUGUGUCUCUUCCCACUCACCACAGUGUGUCUCUUCCCACUCACCACAGUGUGUCUCUUCCCACUCACCACAGUGUAUCUCUUCCCACUCACCAUAGUGUCUCUCUUCCCACUCACCACAGUGUGUCUCUUCCCACUCACCACAGUGUAUCUCUUCCCACUCACCAUAGUGUCUCUCUUCCCACUCACCACAGUGUGUCUCUUCCCACUCACCACAGUGUGUCUCUUCCCACUCACCACAGUGUGUCUCUUCCCACUCAACACAGUGUGUCUCUUCCCACUCACCACAGUGUGUCUCUUCCCACUCAACACAGUGUGUCUCUUCCCACUCAACACAGUGUGUCUCUUCCCACUCACCACAGUGUGUCUCUUCCCACUCAGCACAGUGUGUCUCUUCCCACUCACCACAGUGUGUCUCUUCCCACUCACCAUACUGUGUCUCUUCCCACUCACCACAGUGUAUCUCUUCCCACUCACCACAGUGUGUUUCUUUCCACUCACCACAGUGUGUCUCUUUCCACUCACCACAGUGUGUCUCUUCCCACUCACCAUAGUGUGUCUCUUCCCACUCAGCACAGUGUGUCUCUUCCCACUCACCACAGUGUGUCUCUUCCCACUCACCAUACUGUGUCUCUUCCCACUCAACACAGUGUGUCUCUUCCCACUCACCACAGUGUGUCUCUUCCCACUCACCACAGUGUAUCUCUUCCCACUCACCACAGUGUGUUUCUUUCCACUCACCACAGUGUGUCUCUUUCCACUCACCACAGUGUGUCUCUUCCCACUCACCAUAGUGUGUCUCUUCCCACUCAACACAGUGUGUCUCUUCCCACUCACCACAUUCUGUCUCUUCCCACUCACCACAGUGUCUCUCUUCCCACUCACCACAGUGUGUCUCUUCCCACUCACCACAGUGUGUCUCUUCCCACUCACCACAGUGUGUCUCUUCCCACUCACCAUAGUGUGUCACUUUCCACUCACCACAGUGUGUCUCUUUCCACUCACCACAGUGUGUCACUUUCCACUCACCACAGUGUGUCUCUUCCCACUCAGCACAGUGUGUCUCUUCCCACUCACCACAGUGUGUCACUUUCCACUCACCACAGUGUGUCUCUUUCCACUCACCACAGUGUGUCUCUUUCCACUCACCACAGUGUGUCUCUUCCCACUCACCACAGUGUGUCUCUUCCCACUCACCACAGUGUGUCUCUUUCCACUCACCACAGUGUGUCUCUUUCCACUCACUACAGUGUGUCUCUUUCCACUCACCACAGUGUGUCUCUUUCCACUCACCACAGUGUGUCUCUUUCCACUCACCACAGUGUGUCUCUUCCCACUCACCACAGUGUGUCUCUUUCCACUCACCACAGUGUGUCUCUUCCCACUCACCACAGUGUGUCUCUUUCCACUCACCACAGUGUGUCUCUUUCCACUCACUACAGUGUGUCUCUUUCCACUCACCACAGUGUGUCUCUUUCCACUCACCACAGUGUGUCUCUUUCCACUCACCACAGUGUGUCUCUUCCCACUCACCACAGUGUGUCUCUUCCCACUCACCACAGUGUGUCUCUUCCCACUCACCACAGUGUGUCUCUUUCCACUCACCACAGUGUGUCUCUUUCCACUCACCACAGUGUGUCUCUUCCCACUCACCACAGUGUGUCUCUUCCCACUCACCACAGUGUGUCUCUUUCCACUCACCACAGUGUGUCUCUUUCCACUCACCACAGUGUGUCUCUUUCCACUCACCACAGUGUGUCUCUUUCCACUCACCACAGUGUGUCUCUUUCCACUCACCACAGUGUGUCUCUUUCCACUCACCACAGUGUGUCUCUUUCCACUCACCACAGUGUGUCUCUUCCCACUCACCACAGUGUGUCUCUUCCCACUCACCACAGUGUGUCUCUUUCCACUCACCACAGUGUGUCUCUUUCCACUCACCACAGUGUGUCUCUUUCCACUCACCACAGUGUUUCUCUUUCCACUCACCACGGUGUGUCUCUUUCCACUCACCACAGUGUGUCUCUUUCCACUCACCACAGUGUGUCUCUUUCCACUCACCACAGUGUGUCUCUUCCCACUCACCACAGUGUGUCUCUUCCCACUCACCACAGUGUGUCUCUUUCCACUCACCACAGUGUGUCUCUUUCCACUCACCACAGUGUGUCUCUUUCCACUCACCACAGUGUGUCUCUUUCCACUCACCACAGUGUGUCUCUUCCCACUCACCACAGUGUGUCUCUUUCCACUCACCACAGUGUGUCUCUUUCCACUCACCACAGUGUGUCUCUUCCCACUCACCACAGUGUGUCUCUUCCCACUCACCACAGUGUGUCUCUUUCCACUCACCAUAGUGUGUCUCUUCCCACUCACCACAGUGUGUCUCUUUCCACUCACCACAGUGUGUCUCUUUCCACUCACCACAGUGUGUCACUUUCCACUCACCAUAGUGUGUCUCUUCCCACUCACCACAGUGUGUCUCUUUCCACUCACCACAGUGUGUCUCUUUCCACUCACCACAGUGUGUCACUUUCCACUCACCACAGUGUGUCUCUUCCCACUCAGCACAGUGUGUCUCUUCCCACUCACCACAGUGUGUCACUUUCCACUCACCACAGUGUGUCUCUUUCCACUCACCACAGUGUGUCUCUUCCCACUCACCACAGUGUGUCUCUUCCCACUCACCACAGUGUGUCUCUUCCCACUCACCACAGUGUGUCUCUUUCCACUCACCACAGUGUGUCUCUUUCCACUCACCACAGUGUGUCUCUUUCCACUCACCACAGUGUGUCUCUUCCCACUCACCACAGUGUGUCUCUUCCCACUCACCACAGUGUGUCUCUUUCCACUCACCACAGUGUGUCUCUUCCCACUCACCACAGUGUGUCUCUUUCCACUCACCACAGUGUGUCUCUUUCCACUCACUACAGUGUGUCUCUUUCCACUCACCACAGUGUGUCUCUUUCCACUCACCACAGUGUGUCUCUUUCCACUCACCACAGUGUGUCUCUUCCCACUCACCACAGUGUGUCUCUUCCCACUCACCACAGUGUGUCUCUUCCCACUCACCACAGUGUGUCUCUUUCCACUCACCACAGUGUGUCUCUUCCCACUCACCACAGUGUGUCUCUUUCCACUCACCACAGUGUGUCUCUUUCCACUCACUACAGUGUGUCUCUUUCCACUCACCACAGUGUGUCUCUUUCCACUCACCACAGUGUGUCUCUUUCCACUCACCACAGUGUGUCUCUUUCCACUCACCACAGUGUGUCUCUUCCCACUCACCACAGUGUGUCUCUUCCCACUCACCACAGUGUGUCUCUUUCCACUCACCACAGUGUGUCUCUUUCCACUCACCACAGUGUGUCUCUUUCCACUCACCACAGUGUGUCUCUUUCCACUCACCACAGUGUGUCUCUUUCCACUCACCACAGUGUGUCUCUUUCCACUCACCACAGUGUGUCUCUUCCCACUCACCACAGUGUGUCUCUUCCCACUCAGCACAGUGUGUCUCUUUCCACUCACCACAGUGUGUCUCUUUCCACUCACCACAGUGUGUCUCUUUCCACUCACCACAGUGUGUCUCUUUCCACUCACCACAGUGUGUCUCUUUCCACUCACCACAGUGUGUCUCUUUCCACUCACCACAGUGUGUCUCUUCCCACUCACCACAGUGUGUCUCUUCCCACUCACCACAGUGUGUCUCUUUCCACUCACCACAGUGUGUCUCUUUCCACUCACCACAGUGUGUCUCUUUCCACUCACCACAGUGUUUCUCUUUCCACUCACCACGGUGUGUCUCUUUCCACUCACCACAGUGUGUCUCUUUCCACUCACCACAGUGUGUCUCUUUCCACUCACCACAGUGUGUCUCUUCCCACUCACCACAGUGUGUCUCUUCCCACUCACCACAGUGUGUCUCUUUCCACUCACCACAGUGUGUCUCUUUCCACUCACCACAGUGUGUCUCUUUCCACUCACCACAGUGUUUCUCUUUCCACUCACCACGGUGUGUCUCUUUCCACUCACCACAGUGUGUCUCUUUCCACUCACCACAGUGUGUCUCUUCCCACUCACCACAGUGUGUCUCUUUCCACUCACCACAGUGUGUCACUUUCCACUCACCACAGUGUAUCUCUUUCCACUCACCACAGUGUGUCUCUUUCCACUCACCACAGUGUGUCUCUUCCCACUCAACACAGUGUGUCUCUUCCCACUCACCACAGUGUGUCUCUUUCCACUCACCACAGUGUGACUCUUCCCACUCACCAUAGUGUGUCUCUUCCCACUCACCACAGUGUGUCUCUUUCCACUCACCACAGUGUGUCUCUUCCCACUCACCACAGUGUGUCUCUUCCCACUCACCACAGUAUGUCUCUUCCCACUCACCACAGUGUGUCUCUUCCCACUCAACACAGUGUGUCUCUUCCCACUCACCACAGUGUAUCUCUUUCCACUCACCACAGUGUGUCUCUUUCCACUCACCACAGUGUGUCUCUUCCCACUCACCACAGUGUGUCUCUUUCCACUCACCACAGUGUGUCACUUUCCACUCACCACAGUGUAUCUCUUUCCACUCACCACAGUGUGUCUCUUUCCACUCACCACAGUGUGUCUCUUUCCACUCACCACAGUGUGUCUCUUUCCACUCACCACAGUGUGUCUCUUCCCACUCAACACAGUGUGUCUCUUCCCACUCACCACAGUGUAUCUCUUUCCACUCACCACAGUGUGUCUCUUUCCACUCACCACAGUGUGUCUCUUUCCACUCACCACAGUGUGUCUCUUUCCACUCACCACAGUGUGUCUCUUCCCACUCAACACAGUGUGUCUCUUCCCACUCAACACAGUGUGUCUCUUCCCACUCACCACAGUGUGUCUCUUCCCACUCACCACAGUAUGUCUCUUCCCACUCACCACAGUGUGUCUCUUUCCACUCACCACAGUGUGUCUCUUCCCACUCACCACAGUGUGUCUCUUCCCACUCAGCACAGUGUGUCUCUUCCCACUCACCAUAGUGUGUCUCUCUCCACUCACCACAGUGUAUCUCUUUCCACUCACCACAGUGUGUCUCUUCCCACUCAACACAGUGUGUCUCUUCCCACUCAACACAGUGUGUCUCUUCCCACUCACCACAGUGUGUCACUUUCCACUCACCACAGUGUAUCUCUUUCCACUCACCACAGUGUGUCUCUUCCCACUCAACACAGUGUGUCUCUUCCCACUCACCACAGUGUGUCUCUUCCCACUCACCACAGUAUGUCUCUUCCCACUCACCACAGUGUGUCUCUUUCCACUCACCACAGUGUGUCUCUUCCCACUCAACACAGUGUGUCUCUUCCCACUCACCACAGUGUGUCUCUUCCCACUCACCACAGUGUGUCUCUUUCCACUCACCACAGUGUGUCUCUUUCCACUCACCACAGUGUGUCUCUUCCCACUCACCACAGUGUGUCUCUUCCCACUCAGCACAGUGUGUCUCUUCCCACUCACCACAGUGUGUCUCUUCCCACUCACCAUAGUGUGUCUCUCUCCACUCACCACAGUGUGUCUCUCUCCACUCACCACAGUGUGUCUCUUCCCACUCACCACAGUGUGUCUCUUCCCACUCACCAUAGUGUGUCUCUCUCCACUCACCACAGUGUGUCUCUCUCCACUCACCACAGUGUGUCUCUUCCCACUCACCACAGUGUGCCUCUUCCAGUCACCAUAGUGUCUCUUCCAUCUCGUCCCUCCCCUGCUAUCUAUACGCUCCUCUCUUGUCCCUCCCCUGCUAUCUUGCCCCCACCCUCCUCUGCCACCAUUGUGUGUCCAACCAACUCCACCUGCAAUGCCACUGCCGACCCACCCUGCAUCUGCAAUAAGGGGCUCAGCAUGAUAGAUGGCCAGUGUGUUGGUGAGCCUCUUCCUUCUCACCCUCUCCUCUUCCUUCUCUGGUCGACUUUCUCUCCCUCUUUUCACCCUCUUCAUUCUCUCUUUCUUCCAUGUCCCCCUUCGUUUUCUUCCCCUUCCUUCUCUCCCUCUCUUUCUUCGCACCCUCUUACUUCAAUCCUCGUCUCUAUCACCCUCCUUCUUACACUUCCUUUCUCCCUUUUCCUUCUCUCCCUCUUCCUUCUCUCCCUCUUCCUUAUCUCCUUCUUUUUUCUCCCCUUAUUCUUUCCCUCCCUCGUCUUUCUUUCUCUCCCUCUUUUCACCCUCUUUAUUCUCUCUUUCUUCCUUCUCCCCCUUCGUUUUCUUCCCCUUCCUUCUCUCCCUCUCCUUCUCACUUGCUUUCUUCUCACCCUCUUCAUUCCCUCCUUGUCCUUGUCACCCUCCUUCUUAAUCUUCCUUUUCUCCCUUUUCGUUCUCUCCCUCUUUCUUCUCUCCCUCUUCCUUAUCUCCCUAUUUAUUCUCUCCUUCUUUCCCUCCCUCGUCCUUGUCACCCUGUCGCCUCUCACCCUCUCGCUUCAGACACUUGCGUCUCCUCCUUUUCCUUCUCGCCCUCUUGACCCAGAAGUGGGAGGAGCACCAGUGAAGGAGUUGAUAGGCCAAGCAGGGUAG